UACAUAUAGGUAUAUACGCACAAGGCGGUGUUUUGUGUUUACAUCAAUAUAGAUAGUGAGGUAGAGAGGAAACAGAACUACAUUUCCUAAUUAAACAACGAAUUUGUACUUUUAUUAUUAUUUAUUUCUUAUUGUGCAUUGAUUUUCACUUCAUACGAGGAAAAUACGAAGACUGACUUAUUUACAUGGUUUAUAUCAGUGUCGUUUGUAAAGAUCGAACGCAAUGUCUACCCACAAGAGUGAUGAUUCGACAAACUCCUUGCACAAAAUCUACACGAACGAUCCAAUUCUUUUCAAAAGUUAUGUAAACGAGAAAGUAACAAUCACAACAGAAGAUUCUAACGUGCAUACCGGCAUUGUCUACACUGUUGAUCCCGUCUCAGAGAGUGUUGUACUAAUGCAACCAGUUGAAGGAGAAGAAAAGAUGAAAAUGAAAAUAUUAAUGAGGCCAGCGAUUCAAAACAUAGAAUGUUCCUUUGAUACUAAAGUUAUACUACCAGAAAUGUUUGUACCGCCGCCUAACCAUUACUCGCAGGAAGAGCUUUUAAGAAGAAAAAAUUCAGUUAUGAAAUUAUUGAUUGAAAAUCGUUUUCCUAUUACCGAAGAUAAAGGUGUUCUGUGCAUUGAAGAAACUGUACGAAUUGAACCACCUUACGGACCAGAAAACUGCAUUUGCUUGAAUAGUAUUGUUCUAAAUAGAAUUCAAACUAUAUUAAAUCGUGUUUCAAAAUAAAUUGUUUAAUAUGGAAAGGAUUUAAUGUAAGUGAAAUAAAACUGUUUUGUUUAAUAUUAAUAUAUUUUACACAAGAUUGUUCUGUACUUGUUACAAAAAUAAACUUGUGGUCAUAUUAGGAAUGUAUGCGUGUGCAACAUGAAAUCACAUAUGGUGAUCAAAAGAUAUGUUUGCAAUGUUGAUGAUUGUUGCCAAAACAUCUGUCAAGGCUUAUGUAUAUGAAAUAUCCUUUCUUUAUAUUCAAAUAUAAUGAAAAAAUUUGUGUACAUUUUUUUGUGCGUGCUUGAAUAUGAAUUAUGCAAAAUAUAAUCAGCUAUGACAUAUA